ACAUGAGAUGCGGCGCGAGACGAGAGGCACGACUUGAAAACUUUACUUUACACUUUUUCGUUUAUUUCAAACCCUUAAGUUUAUGCAUAGGUAACAGAAAGGUGAGAAGAUGAGUGGCCUUACAAAGGAGCAACUGCAGCGCAUGGAAGAGAAUCGGCGAAAGGCCUUGGCAAGGAGGGCAGCAGCCCUGGCAGCAGCAGGGAAUAGCAACAAUAACCAGCCUGCAAAACCCAGUAAUUUCCAGCCAACGUCUGGUGGUGGAGCCAUCAAGCCUUCCAGCAGUGCAGCUACACAGCCACAUAAUAGACAGAUAAGCCCGACAGGAAACCCUUUUAAACCGGGAGGGCAGCAGAGUACAUUUUCGCAGAACACAUUCCCAAAAUCAGGUCCCUCUAGUCAAAAUAGCCAGCCUGUCAGCAAUCAGACUUCGGUACCAGGGAAAUCAGCAUCAAACUUUUACAAGACAGGUCAGACAACUAUCAAUAACAACACACAAUUUAGCAAGAGCAAUGCAACAAGCUCCAGUUUCAGCAACAACACACAGUCUAAAGCACAGAGCCAACCACCUGGCAACAUAUCAAAACAGACAGGUGAAGCUUCAGGAGCAAAACCUGUGUUUGGUAAGAAUGUCAAUGGUACCUUCCGACUGAUGUCCCGUGAGAGGUUCAUGGUAGAAGUUGGAUAUCAUCAACAGAUGAUAGAAGUCUUCAAGACAAUGGCAACAAAGAAAUAUGAUGUUGAGACCAAAAGAUGGAACUUUGAACUGAGUGAUCAUGAAAAGUUAGUUGCUGCACUUGCUCCUCUCAGACCAGCCGUGUGCAUCAGUCCUUUGCCGUUAUUUGUCCGCAAAAUUCUGAGAGCAGCUGAAACAGAAAUCCCUGCUUCUUGCGUUGACUUGUUUGGACUUGACCCUAAGCUGUUGGAUGCCUUGAUGCCAUUUCAACAUGAGGGAGUAUGGUGAGUGUUAACUGUGUUGGCUCUGAUACCAUCUGUUCUUAUUGCCAUGUUUUUUGGCUGUUUAGUUUGCUCCUAUGUAUGGAUUCUUUCUCAACUUUCUUUGUUUAUGAGCACUUGACAUUGUGAAAGGAUGCAUAGUUGUAACUAUAUUUGGUAAGUCUUUGGUAUGAUCAUAACAAUCAUAGCAAAAACUUAAAAACAAGAGAUGCAGAACUGUUCUCUUUAUGGCUUUUAUUCAUGAUGUUAAAUACUGGUACAUUAGAAAGUAAAUGAAGGUGAGUGUUUUAUUUUGUUCUUAGGUUUGGUGGUAAAAGCAGUAUGAAAAUAGUUUAUAAACAUGGAUUUGUCAUAAAUGUCUUUGUAUACAAUUAUUCUUAUUUAUUAUUUCUUAAAACAAAGGAAUGAUCAGGUAAAAGUAAAUGCUACAAUAUAUAUAUAUAUAUAUAUAAAUAUAUAAUUUUUUAUCUUCUUUUCCUGUGUUUUUGUCUUAUCCAUCCACUCCUUCACCCACCUACCCAACCAAACAUCCACCUACUCAAUAAUAAAAUCCAUCCUCUUAG